AUUUUUCUUCCGACAAAGAGUACGCAGGCUCUCUCAAGUCAUAUUAUAGGUCUGUCUACCCUAUCCUCGCCCACCUUACUGGAGCACAACACCAUAAAGAUAAUGUAUGCAUCACUCAAAUUCGGAAACAUCUGUAACCAUACCUAUUCCUUCUGAAUAACAAAGAGGGAGACAUCGCGUUUAUUUUCUAGACCUAGUUCCGAUAUUUUUGUGUGUUUUGUUGAAAAUGAACUGUGGGAUUUCCGCAAUAUGUGCCAAGCUUCUGCUGCAACAUGUCAAAGGCAAAGCGAUGAAUGCGUGGCUGUUGCUAGCUCUUCUCGGAGUCUGUGUGGCGUCAUUUGGGCCCAGUACAAAGGAGGAUGAGGACUAUGAAGACGUCCCCAUAAAUAAGACCUGGGUUUUAUCGCCUAAGGUCUAUGAGAGCGAUGUCACCUUGAUCUUAAAUAGAUUGCUGCAGGGCUAUGACAACAAACUCCGACCUGACAUUGGAGUAAGGCCCACAGUGAUUGAGACAGCGGUGUAUGUCAACAGCAUCGGACCAGUCGAUCCUAUUAACAUGGAGUACACCAUAGACAUCUUCUUUGCCCAGACGUGGUAUGACAGUCGCCUUAAGUUCAACAGCUCCAUGAAAGUCCUGAUGCUCAACAGUAACAUGGUGGGAAAGAUCUGGAUUCCUGACACCUUCUUCCGGAAUUCUAGAAAGUCUGACGCCCACUGGAUCACCACUCCGAACCGUCUGCUGCGACUGUGGAACAAUGGGAGAGUGAUGUACACGCUGAGGUUGACUAUUAAUGCGGAAUGCUACCUUAAGCUGCAUAACUUUCCUAUGGACGAGCACUCGUGUCCGCUGGAGUUUUCGAGCUAUGGCUAUCCUAAAAAUGAGAUUCUGUACCGUUGGCAAAAGCGUUCUGUGGAAGUGGCCGACCAAAGGUACUGGAGACUCUACCAGUUUGCGUUCGUCGGUUUACGAAACACAUCAGAUGUGGCGCAUACACAGUCAGGUGAAUAUGUCAUCUUGACAAUCUUUUUUGACCUGAGUCGGCGAAUGGGCUACUUCACUAUUCAGACGUACAUCCCCUGCAGCAUGAUUGUGGUGCUGUCAUGGGUCUCUUUCUGGAUCAAUAAAGAUGCUGUCCCUGCCAGAACCUCUUUAGGAAUCACCACGGUGCUUACCAUGACAACGCUGAGCACCAUCUCCAGGAAGUCGCUUCCCAAGGUAUCCUAUGUGACAGCUAUGGACCUGUUUGUGUCUGUCUGCUUCAUCUUCACGUUUGCUGCUCUGAUGGAAUAUGGGACUCUACACUACUUCACCAGCAACAGGCAGAGCAAGAAGGAUACGGACAAAAAACCACAGAAAUCCAGCAGCUUGGUGAACAUUAGGCCAGGGACGUCACUGCUCCAGAUGAAUAACAUCGCCCCCUACCAAGACGAGGACGAUUACGCCUACGAGUGUCUGGAUGGGAAGGACUGCACCAGCUUCUUCUGCUGCUUCGACGACUGUCGCUCCGGAGCAUGGCGCGAAAACCGGAUGCAUGUCCGAGUUUCAAAGAUCGAUUCCUACUCACGAAUAUUCUUCCCCACCGCCUUCGGCCUUUUCAACCUGGUCUACUGGAUUGGGUAUCUGUACUUAUAAAUCUAGUCUAGCAAAGAGGAGCAAUAGCCUUUUACUUCAGAGAAAACAGGUCAAACUAUUUGUUUACUCUCUUUACUUGCUAGUCUUGGCACUGUUGAGGAUAAGAUGGAAGGGGGGUGGGUGUGCUGCUUUGCAAUUUAAAGCCAGGGUAUGAAUGGGUAAAAUUGCUUCUUCUCACCAAUAUUUGAACAGCUCCCUAUGUUUGUAUCUGUACUAUUUUUCUAGGUGAUGGCUCACAGAUGAAGGCAGCAGGGUCAGAACAGGGCGAGACUCUGGGUCAUACCCACCAGCAAUUGCAUGAUGUUUGGUUCCUAACCUCUAUGGAUUUAAGGAAUUUUAUAAAACGGGUUGUUUGGAUGCUAGAUGCUAGUUGGUUGAAAGCAGGGAGUUAUUCAUCACAAUCCCUGGGAAAUGCCUGUUAACAGUUUAAUUUGAAUUAUCAAUGCGCAUCCACUGUCCCACAGUCCAGCCAGGCAAUUUAUAAAAAUGUAUAAACUCCCCUGGGAAAAAGUAUGUAGAAAUUUUUUCCCCAAGCUACUAGGCUAGCAUUUGGUUUGUAACAGUUAGGGUUUGUCUAGACUCUAAACCUUGCUGCCUGCCUCUCCGACCUGUGCAACAAUGUUGUAGUUUAUUUUGCGAUCUGCACCGUGCCAUAGAGAGAAUGAACGUGAUGAGUCAGACAGCUUUUCUGAGCUAGGCACAUUCAUUUAUUAGGAUCAUUGUAAUUGAUAUAUAAAAAAAAAAUGGCAAAAGAUACAAAGGUAAAACAAACGGAAAUGCAAAAAGUUUGCUGUCAUUUCAGCUGCUUUAGGUGAUUGUGUGUUAACUUUACUAGUAACUAGACUGCAUGGCAACCUUUUUUAGCUUAGAACGUUUGAAAUGGGCGACCAGCUCGUUUGUCUAGCAACUUCAGAAUCUCAGAACUAACAAUUGGCUAUUGCCUGGACUAUAUCCUCUGGUGGAAGGAUGAAAUAAAACAAAUUUAAUAAUUCAAAUAAGGUUUUUAAUUAAAACGUAAUUUCUCUUCAACAUUUUUUAAAUAAAAGUAAUAAGGCCCUCGAACCUGGGAAUAAUCUUAAAUAACACCCUCCUGAUGGCUGUUUCCCCGGCCCGCCGCUCCACGUUGGGCCUUAGAACAGCCCUUCGUCGAAAACUAUUCACACGAUAAUUCGCAUGCCUUAUUGCUUAAUUGAUACACAAAGGUUGUGUUUUACAACAGCCUGGUUUUGUAACCUGUAACUUAAAAUUGCAAAAUCUAUUUGAAUAUAUAAAUAUACAUAAAAUAAAGUGUGCCUAUGCGAAAAAAAUAAGUAGGCCUACAUUUCCCCCUUCAAUAAUUAUAUCUGACGUCAUGUUUUCUGCGCCACACUUUUACUGUAAGCAAAAUGAAUACAACAUUUCCACCAGAGAUGAUUCAACACAAUUUAUUUCCAUACUUAUUGAGGCAGUUCAUGAUUUGAGGUUUGAAAUAAUCAUUAGGCAUUAUUUAGGCUUAGCUCCUGUAUUGACACAAAGUCAAUAAAGCAAGAAAUUAAUAGCAUGUAUUUUCAUAUUAUUAUAUUCUAAUAAUACACAUUAUAUCUCCUUCUUGAUGUGAUUACCCCAAAUUGGCAGCUGUAAAUAGCCUUCAUCAUUAUCAUAUAUAAAAGCAGCAAAAAAAGCAAGAAAAGAAAAUCUACUUUUCAUUUGGCUACAUUGAAACUAGAACAUAGCUUUCCAUCACUCCUCUAGGUUUAUAACCAGAGGCGCAUUGUGCUGCAAUUGUAUCAGAUCUGAUUAGCGAUGCAUACUUAAUAAAGACAUAUUAGACUAAUUUAAACCAUAUUUAUACAACAUAGACUACCUGAAUAAUAUUCAUGCAGCUCCCAAACCCUUGACUUAUUUUGCUUGACAAGGGCGCAGUACUUACACUUUAUAAAAUGUAGCUGUGGAUAUAAUCUUCAAAGCAUAUUUUAGCUGAAGCAAUGGCAGACAUGAAUAUCUUUACUAAUAACAGCGAGAAGGGUUACUACUUUUUUGAUAAAUAGAGCAAAACUCUUAUAGUGCUUUAUUCCACAUAAAACCAAAGAAACUGUUGAUAAUGACUUUGUAGCAUAAGUGUGUUUAAUGUUACAUUCAAGAUCAAUGUGAUUCACAGAACCUCCAUGUUUGGGCGAUACUUAAGAGAAAAAGUCAAGAAGAAUGAAUAACCAAGCCUGAAAUGGACCAUACAAAUUUGAUUAACAACGUAGUUUGUUUAUUAGUUUAUGAGUGUUUCUUUCAACACCACAUUGUGAUUAUAUCCCAAUGUUAGGUGUAUUGUCGAGCUGAGAGACCAUGUAGGCUGAAAGUCCAGUGAUUAAUGAGGGAAACAUGACUUUAGUUUUAAUUUUAGUUCAUUUACAUAUGCAAGGUUACCCCAUAGAGUUUGCCCACAUCUGGUCCAAUUACAAGAACAAACAAUUCUUUGAUUUACUGUAAAGAUAAUAUAGGUGAGGCAAGUUGGUUAUAGUGUGUUGUCAUUACAUGCAGUGAAGAUGGGAGUAGUUCAAUCACAAAGAAAUUACGCUUUUUAUGCUGACUCUUGUAGGAUUCUCUCUCAUUAAUUUAUCACAACUCCUUUGAAACUGCAGCUGUACUGUAUAGAAACAUGGUAAAAUUGGAAAUUCAGUCAAUGAAAGUCAACAAGAGGAGUAAAUGAUGGAGAUAAACCUUCUGAGCCUCGUUUAUAGCCAUAUAAUAGUGUUGAAUAUCUUUGAUAAUGUCAUACUCCUUGUUAUCCUCCAUUUUACAAAAUACAUUUGUAGAUAUGAUGCUUGCUGAACAUGUUAACUCUGGCUAUAAAGCUUUAAAUGUGAUAUGUGUUUACUUGUUUACUGAUGUGAAGAGAAAAUUAUUAUUACACUACAAGAAUGGAUUGCAUUUAUAUAGUGCUUUUUCACCAGCUUUUAAGGCACUUUGUAUUGUAAUGUUGUAACUAAGCUCAUACACCACAAGUGAGGUGACGCACAGCAGCAAUAUUGUUCAGAGCACUGUAUCAAUAAGAAGUGAAUGCAGUGGAAAGGUGAGGAGAUUAGAUGAGAUCAGAUGAUUCCCCUCCUUUUGGGUCUCGAAAACGUAAUUUACCUCCCAGCUAUAACAUACUAUUGUUGCAUUGUCCUUAUUGUAUUUUAAAAUUAAAAAAUGUAUAUAUAUGCUAUAUUUUUUCCAUGAUGACAGCCUCAAAGACAUUAAUAUGUUAAUACUGUGUUAACAUGCAUAUUGUUUGUGUUUGUUCUCUAUAACACUGACGGACAUGGAAAUCCAUUAUGUCAUUGAUGUUUUGUCAUUGACAUCCUCUCUGUAUACCGUUUAAACAUAGGCAUAUUUAAUCCUGUCUUUCACCUUUGUACAAUGCGCCAUUCCUUCCAAAUGUUUCUGUGUUGUUAUGUGAAAACGAACUCAAUACACUGUGAGAUAAUAAAACAGUGCCUGAAAAAAACACAAGUAUCUUCCUCUUGAAGUACAUUUCCUUCAAUAUUGGUUUUGGAAAUAAAAUUGAUCUGAAAUGCA